UGUCAAUGUUAGAGGUUUGGAAAGGAGAGCAAGAGUAAAACACAGUUUGUUUUCAUCCUUAUGAGGUGACCAAUGUACACUCAGAAGGGAUUAGAAUUUAUCUAGUUGAUUGACCCAGCACUUUAUGUUAAUGGGAGACAUUUUGAUUAACAGGGAACACUCUAAAACUUACAUUGAUUCAAGCUCACAGUUGUCUCAGUAAUAAAAGGCUUCAAUGGAUCCAGUUGUGGUCCUGGUGAUCAGUCUCUCCUGUCUGCUUCUCCUCUCACUAUGGAGACAGAGAUCCAGGAGAGGGAAACUCCCACCAGGACCCUUGCCUCUGCCAAUCCUUGGGAAUAUCCUGCAGAUAGAUGCCAAAAACAUCCCCAGAUCCUUAACUAAUUUUUCCAAAGUCUAUGGGCCUGUGUUCACUCUGUAUUUGGGCAUGAAGCCCACUGUGGUGUUGCAUGGAUAUGAAGCUGUGAAGGAAGCCCUGAUUGAUCAAGGAGAAGUAUUUUCUGGAAGAGGCAGUUUCCCAGUGCCUGAUAGAGCUCAUAGAGGAUUAGGAAUCCUUACAAGUAAUGGAAACGGAUGGAGAGAGAUGAGGCGCUUCUCACUCAUGACUUUGCGGAAUUUUGGGAUGGGGAAAAGGAGCAUUGAGGACCGAGUUCAAGAGGAAGCCCGCUGCCUUGUGGAGGAGUUGAGGAAAACCAAGUCCUCACCCUGUGAUCCUACCUUUCUGCUGGACUGUGCUCCCUGCAAUGUGAUCUGCUCCAUUAUCUUCCAUAAUCGUUUUGAUUAUAGAGAUCAUCAUUUUCUCAACCUAUUGCAGAAAUUAAAUGAAAAUGUAAAGAUUCUGAGCUCCUCAUGGCUCCAGGUCUGCAACAAUUUUCCUGUUCUUAUUGAUUAUUUCCCAGGGAGUCAUAGAAAGUAUCUUAAAAAUGUUGCUGAUAUGAAAAAGUAUUAUUUGGAGAAAAUAAAAGAACACCAAGAAUCCCUGGAUAUAAACAAUCCUCAGGACUUCAUCGACUGCUUCCUGAUUAAAAUGGAAGAGGAAAAGGGCAAUCCACAGACUGAAUUUAUCACUGACGCCUUAAUAAACGUUGUACAUGACCUGUUUGGAGCUGGGACAGAGACAACAAGCACCACUCUGAGAUAUGGACUCCUGCUCCUGUUGAAGCACCCAGAGAUCACAGCUAAAGUCCAUGAAGAGAUUGACCGUGUGAUUGGCAGACACCGCAGCCCCUGCAUGCAGGACAAGAACAGUAUGCCUUAUACAGAGGCUGUCUUGCAUGAGAUCCAGAGAUACAUUGACCUUGUUCCAACCAGUCUGCCCCAUGCAGUGACCUGUGACAUUAAAUUCAGAAACUACUUCAUUCCCAAGGGCACAACCAUAAUAACAUCCCUGACAUCCGUGCUGCAUGACAGCAAAGAAUUCCCCAACCCAGAGAAAUUCGACCCUGGCCACUUCCUGGAUACAAGUGGUAAAUUCAAGAAAAGUGACUACUUCAUGGCUUUCUCAACAGGAAAACGGAUUUGUGCAGGAGAAGGUCUGGCCCGCAUGGAACUGUUCUUAUUCCUGACCACCAUCUUACAGAACUUUCACCUGAAAUCUGUGGUGGACCCAAAGGAUCUUGAUACCACCCCAGUUGUCAAUGGGUUUUUCUCUGUGCCGCCUGCAUACCAGCUCAGCUUCAUUCCUGUCUGAAAAGAGCAGUCUGUAGGCUGCUGCUGUUACUGUGCUGUCAUCUGGAAUCUCCCCUUUGGGGCAUGACCCAUAUCCUUCCCUAAAGGCAUGUCUUCUCUGACCAGCUUCUCACCACCCUAUUUCUCUGAAUUCCAGUGAACAUCCAAGCCCCACUGGAGAGAGUGUCCUCAGUUUUCACAUAUGCAUGCUUCCUAAUCCCAUAGUGUAACACUUGGCUUGAGCCACUCUAUAUUUUAACACUCUUGUGAGUUUUUAAUAUGCCAUCAUUGUUAAACCAAGGAAAACCUGGGGGAAUUAUAUAAAGUGAAAUAAGUCAGGCACAGGAAGAUGAAGUCACGUGGUUUGACUUUUAUGUGUAAUAUAAAAUGUCACACUCUUAGAGUAUUGAUGAGUAACGAUUACCAGAACUUGAGAAGGGGGUGACCAUGUGAGUGGAUGGGGAAAGAAGAGAAUGUAGUUAAUGGUACAAAGUUUUAGGUAGACAGGAGGAGUGGGUCUGAUGAUCUAGUGUAGAACAUUUUUCCUGUUAUUAACAAUAAUGCAUUGUGUACAUCAAAAUUCCUAAAUGGGAAGAUAUUAAAUAUCCUGCUCAUAUAUAAGUGACCAGUAUUUGAGAUAAUGACCAUGUUAAUUAUCUUGAUCAAUCAUCCUACCAUGUAUACAUAUAUCACAAUGUACCCAUGAGUACAUAUGAUCACUACUUCCACUACUUGUCAACUAAAAAUGAUAUGGAAACAGAUUAAAAAUAAAAAGGCAAAUGAAAACUGCAUUGUAUCCAUUUUAACACUCUUCACUGGUAAAGGAAAAUACAUUAAUCAGGUGUUGAUAGAAGGGUGGAACACCAGACAGCCUUAUAUCCUGACAGAACAAUAAUUUCUCAAUGAUGCUACUCUAAGUAAGUCUCUUACAAAAAAUUUUUAAUCUUCUCUUUGCCACCACCUUCCCCAUUAUUCACCUUCUGAUUCCCCAACCUUGUCUUUACACUCACUCUUUUUUGUACUUACUCUUUCUCAUUAAUACUAGGAGAUACUAUUUGUAUAAGUCACCAUUACUGCCUUAGCAAAUACCACAAAUAUUAUGACUGAAAACAGCACACAUUAAUUAUCUUAUAGUUCUGGGGUUCGAAGAUCCAAUGUAAGCUCCUCCAGGCUGAGAAAAUUCUGUCAGCCAGUUCAGUUUCCCAUCACUCAAGCUGGUCAUGUGUAGUUUCAUCUAACAGGGUCGCAACGAGAGUGAGGAUGACAAUGUCACCCAAAGAGCACAGAUACCAGAGACCAGGCUCAGAAGGCACAGAUCUGAUUUUACUUCUGUUCAUACAAGACAUAUAUAGACACAUCAUCCAAUCAUAUUAAGACACUCGUUAAAGCAUGUAGAAUCAACCUAUCAGUGAGCUAUAUGUCCUACUAAUGUAAACAAACCAAGUAUCCCUAAGUGACUCUGUCCAGCAACAGGUCUGAGACAAAGGACUGAGGGAAGGGCAAGGCUCCACCACACAUUAUGGGGCGAGGCAGUACAGGCAAGCUCACAUCACAGCUUGCCACCAUGCCUGUUGAGCAAGGCUUUCCCUGAGCUUGUAGCUCAGCCUCAGUAACUGCAAAGGCCUACAAUCCAUGAUGAGUCUUUGCCAUUUCCUCGGAUUCCCCAUCCAGACUGUUGGAUUUAUUUUAAUCAUUGUAUCAGCAACUGCUUCCAAAUAAGCUUGAGGAAUGUUCCCUACAGUCAUGUGAACUGCCAGAUUCAAAUGGAAAAUGAGUUUGAUUCCCUUUGUGUUUCUGACUUAAAUCCCCCUGUCUGCUUCACUCAUGCUGUACUAGGUACAAUGUAGCCCACACAUAGGCACUUGUUGGAGCACUAUGCCAAUUUUUGACAUGAAUCUUCAGGCUCCUGAAGCAGAAAGCUGCAGUGUGACCUCUUCAAGACAGCACCAAGCCUCACCUUUCCAUGGGCAGUUAAUGAAUACAGAAAACUUUUCAAACACCAGUUUGUUGUGUAGCUUCUGGAAAAGCAAUGUUUAGUCAGUUUUUCUCAUCUCCAGGUUUUUCCAUGCCCAUCUGUCCACCAUUUCUCUCUCUCUUAUCCCUUUCCAUUGUGGUGACCCCUGCUGCUGCUGCAAUACAAUGCAACUCAACUCCAAAGUACUAUUUCUUGUUCUUAGUUCUAGCCACCUAAAUUUCUAAGUCUUUAAGACUCUCUGACCAAUAUUGAAUUUUAGUGAAAUCCCUCUGUUAUGAUUUUAAUAUUAAGUAUCCCCCCAA